AGCAGCGCCGCCGAGCGCACCCGUGGUCCCGUGGUAAACUCGCGCCCUCGCGCGUCCGCCAUCUUGUUUUUUUUGUUUCCUUUUCUAUUUUCGUCAAGUAAGCAGUCACCAGCGGCGAACACGGGACGCAUUCAGUCGCCGGAGUCGGGAGGCACGUACGGCGACGUCGAGCCGCGCUCUUUCUCUCCGGGAUACACGAACGAAAACGGAUAACCGCGGAGCACGGAUGAUAAGCCGGACGACGCUGUCACCACCAGCACCACCCGUGCGUGCCGCCCGUGUCUACGAUCACCACACCGCGCGGUGCCGACCGUGUGAUGAACUCGACUCUGGACGUGCUUCGCCCAUCGCCGUUUCCCCUGGCUUUCCCGUCGACGAGGAUGACGUCGUUCUGACAGAUAGAGUCCGGCGGCAGCGCGGCCCAGGGCCAUGAAUCCCGCCGGGCCCCGGCCCCCGGACGAGCAGGGCCCCAGCGGCCCGGCCAACGGUGACCUGCUGCACGCGUACGAGCCGCCCCAGCCGACGCCUCCACCGCCGGAGGAACCCGCAGCGGACAUGCCGUCGGCGCCGCUGCCUCCGCCCCCGCUCCCUCCGCCGCCCCCGUCCGAGGGACCCGAGUCCAGCCUGCUCCAGGGCUCGCUACUCGAGAACCCUCGGCCGCCGGCGCCCUUCGACGGCGCCCCGGAGGACCCGCAGAACAGGAAGGGCUCGGCCGACUCCUCGCAAGUCGUCGUCCGCAAAUGCCGGAGACACGCCAAAUCAAACACCUGCAACAUGGUGAGCGCCCUCUACGGCAAGAUGGUGGUCGUCACCACGGCGGUCCUGGUGCUCACCGAGGUCAUGGACAACGCCGUUCCUCUCCUCCACUUCCACGGCUACCUGUACGCUUAUCUGCUCGGCGGCUCCGUCGUCUGCCUGCUGGGCGUCUACAUCAGCAUGCUGGUGGACAGGUGUCCCGCGCUCUCGGGGGAGUCACCGCGGCAGAACAGCCAAGACGCCGAAAUGGCCGUUCGAAACCGGAGGGUCAUGCUCAACUGUUCGGACGUCAGCGUCUACCUGCGCAUCGGCGUCCUGGUGUUUGGACUGGGCAUGCUGAUUUCGUGCGGCCUGGAGAUCGCCACCAUCUUCACGAUUCCCAAGCCGUGCACGGACCCAGUGAACCUCGCCAUGCCCGUGCUUCAGGCGCUCUUCGCCUUCCUCCAGAUGCACUUUCUCUUCAUGAACUCACAGCGAGUGGCGAGGUCCCUGGGAUGCCUGCGGCAUCCGGUGCUCAUGCACCUGGUCGCCACCAACGUUGCUGUCUGGCUCAAGCUCCUCCUCUGGGAGACCUCGAGCGAGUGGCUCCGGCAGAAUCACGUGGUACAAGCCGGCCAGACCAUCUGGCCCCCGAAAGGCUUCAACUUCACCACUCACGUCAUCGACGACAAGGGAGAGCAUAAGGUCUUCUUUACGUCGGACUGCCUGUGGCGACCACAAGAGAACAUGCCCAUGGAACGCAUGCUGACAUUGCAGCGAUGCCUGCACAACUCCACCAUCGGUGCCAUCUGGAAAAAGGCUGCACCCUUCCUAUCUCCCUUCAUCGUCCAGUACUGUGUCGUUGGCGCCGUUGUCAUCUACACUCUUUGGGACAACUUCUCCUACUGCACCAAGGGCAACAGCAGCAGCGGCGGCAGCACCAAGGACCAGAAGCGCCAUUCCUCUUCCAAUGGCCGCACUGAGGCCGAUUCCGGAAGCGGAAGCUUCCGGUUCCUAGACUGCCAGAGCUCCAGCAAGGGCCUGUUCCUUGGUCUCCUGGUCCUGGUGGCCGGAAUCAUCGUCCUCAUCCUCUUCUUUGUGCUCAGCAACGAAAACAUGGAAGCCGAGACACUGUCCGCAGUCACCACACUCCACUGUGCGGUGCAGGGACUCUCUCUCCUGGCCGCAGCCGUCGGACUCUGCAGAGUUGGGGGAAUGCACCACAGACGCCGCAGGAUGACUCAGCUCAACUCCACCCUCCAAGCGAUCGGAAUCCUGGCAGUCUACAUGUACGGCGUCUUCGGCGUCGUGGUCGGAGCAUCCAAGAUCGGGGACGGAGCGGAGCACGUCCUCCUGCUCCUCGACGGUGCCUUCAUGGUCAUCUUCGCCAGCCUCCAGUCCCUGUUCGUGCAACGAGUCGCGGCCAGCGUCGUGUCCAAGAAGCACGGCGGCCACAAGCCGGGUCUUCAGGUCGUCACGUUCCUCAUGUUCAGCAACCUGGUCUUGUGGCUUCUGGAGACCUUCACCAAUCAGAACCACAUUGUGAGUCAGCAGCAGCUGGCCAUGUACGGAGCAGUGUCCUGGGGCAUCAUCUCCAGAGUGGCGCUUCCGCUUGUCAUCUUCUACAGGUUCCACUCCUGUGUGUUCCUCGUUGAGGCAUGGCGCCAGUCGACCGAUUCACACAGGGACUAAGUGCCUUCGAGGGACAAUGCUCCGACGGGCAGAAGCUGCAACAACUUCGGCGUCGCGACAGGCCGUGUUUCAAAUCCGAGGUGUCGUGAGUGUCAGCUCCAAGAUGAUGUUAGUAGAAGACCAGACAACAGUUGCUUUCUGGUCUCAUCAACAAUGAGUGUCCCCGGACUUUCAAAAAAAAGGGGAGCACCGAACGAAAAGAGAAAGUCUGGAUGCACGCAAAUGGCGGUAACCACUGAACUUUCGCUGUUUUCACCCACUCCUUUUAUACUCGGCACACUAUUUAAUUUGUAUCCGUUUCACCACGCGAGUUUCUAAACAGUGCAGUUUGCCAUAAAAAGCUUUAACAAUACAAAGUCUAAACCGCCAUACUUUAGAAAGCUCCUUUAAUCUGCCGCAUCGCAGGUGCCGGACACAGUUACAAUAAAUGGUACAACAGCGCAAGAAUGGCGUCGA